AUGGCUGAUAAAGAUCAAUGUCAUAUGGAGGCAGUUGAGCCAAGGACUAUCUGGAUCAUGCCCAUGGGGUAUAUGGUGGAUGCUACCACACUUGAUGCAUGUGCUCAACAUAUGUUGAGUCAACCGAUAGAUGAUAAAGAAGAAAGGUUUGGUACUUGUCAAGAUAAAGACCUUGAUUUGCACAAGAAGUUUACCAGACCUACCGGGAAAAGGAAAGUAAGGAAAGAGGUAGAGGAAUUAGAAGAACAAAUGGGCAUUACUAAAGAAGUUGUGCAGAGAGCUAGAGAGCAAAAUAUAUUGAAGGAGGAAGACGUGGUGAAGAAACAGGCUAAGCAGGUUUCCCCUCCUCCCAAGCAAGAUAAAGCUAAGCAGAGUAAGUUUGCACCUAUCUCCGAUGUGCAAAAGCCCAUUCCUCCACCCAAGCCACAAUCAUCAUCAACCGGUGAAGAUGAAAAGAAGAACAAGGAGAAGUCAGUGAGAAAAUAUGUUAUUGUGGAAGAAGAAACAAAAUCAGAUGAAGAGGUAAGAGAAGUGAAGAAGCUUUCUACAUAUGCUAGGGUAGUCAAGAAGCCCUUAUCUAAUGAAGCUCCACCUGCAAAGAAAGCUAAAACACAAGGUGAACCAUCCAGUAAAAUGAAAGCAGACAAGAAAAAAUCAGAGAUAGAUGAAGCUCUCAAGCUGAGUAAGCUUGAAGAUCCUUACACUAUUGUGCCUCCGUUACAAAAGAUUAUAGACACAAUAGUAAAAUAA